UAAAAUAAAUAUGUUGCCUUAACUGCCAAACCAAAGUGGGGUAGAACGCGUGUAAGAGAUAGAGACAGAGAGUCGAAAUCGAAUUGGGCGGUUAGAGUGUUGAACUGUUAGAGCAUAAUAUCUCCGUCUUUUUCUUUUAUUAAAGUUGAAGGAAGUGAAGAUGUAGCAACACAAUUGUACGAUUGUCAUUUGUAAUAGAGAUAAAAUGGUGCAUUGUUAUUAAAUGAAGCUGCGAAGAUGAAACAAAAAUCGUGAGAUUAUUCAUCAAGGCAUCGAGAAAUUUGAGAAUGGAUGACGAAAAGCGUAGAAGGCAGGCUUUGGAGACUGGCAGGGAAAUGUUGGAAAUUUAUAAAUUAAAACGUGCUAAUAAAAAAUUAAGCAAAAGUGUAGAACAAGCUUCGGAUGAAGAGUCAAAUAGUAAUGAAACUGAAAAUCGAUCUAUCGAUUUAAGAAGUAUUGAUAUUAAUGAAAGUGCAUUAUCAAGAGACAUAACCUACAGCAGUAUUAGCAUGAGCGAAGGAGAAGGUGAUGGUGACUUGGAAGGAUUAACUGGAAGGGUUACUGAAUUAAAUGAAAUACUUCAGGGAAAAGAAGCUGUUUUUGAAGAACUUCACGCAGAGUUCGAUCACUUAGAAACCGAUGUAUCUUCUCCGACAUCGUCUCACAGUCAAAACAGUAAUAUCCCUAACAAGAACAUCAUUGAAACCUAUCGCAACAAGUUUCAAGAGUUUGAGCGAGCAAUAAAUCAGCGAGAUAAUUUAAUUGAAGACUUGACGACAUCAUUAAAACAAGCAAUAGCUUCUAGAGAUGGUUUACUUUCUCAGAUUAGUAUUUUAAAUUCGACUCAACUAGGAAUUUCUAAUGGAGAAAAUGCUUAUGAUGGAAAGGAUUCUGCAAUUACAAAUACUUCGUACAGUGAAAAAGAGAUGAACACAAAUUCAAUGGAAAAUACUAACAACUUUGGAACUAACCAAUUACAAAAACAAUGUGAGGAACAAGUUGAAAAAAUAAAAAAGGAAACAAAAUUAAUUAUUGAAAAGUUUGUAACUGAAACGAAUACAAAUAAUCUAAAGCAUGAAAAUGAGAUUCAAGAAUUAAUGGCAAAACACGAGGUGGAACUGCAAAAGCUGAGAGACAAAAACGAGGAGAAUGAACAUUGUUAUAGCAAGAAAUUAUCUGAUUUUCAGUCGCAAAUAAUUGAGUACCAACAUAAUAUCGAAUCUCUUAAAUUCGAUUUAAUUAAUAUUAAAGAGUCACACACCGUAGAAAAGGAGUUGCUUAACGAACAAAUUAAAUUACAUAAGCUCCAGCUUGAGGAUAUGACAACAAAAUAUGUAGCAACUGCUUCUGUUCUUGAUUCAAAGGAAAGUAUCGAGUUCUCUUUAGAUCAAGCGUUAAAUGAUGCUAAUAUAUUGAAGGCAGAGAAAGAGUCCCUUAAGUUUAAGUUAGAUGAUCUAAUGUCUAGAUAUUUAGAUGCACAAAAUUUAAUAAAAAGUGGUCAAAUACAAGAGAGGAAUUUAAGUAAUAAAAUAUUCUCUAUGAGAAAGUCUUCAUCCGCACUUAGCAGAGUUAGUCUUACAGAAAUGGAUGAAACAGCAUAUCAAAGUAUUGACGAGAUGGCUUUUCAGAAUCAAAUGGCAAAACAGAUAUUAGAUGAGAAAGCUAACUUAGAAAAAGAAUUAAUAGACAAAAUUGACAACUAUGACAAGCUAGUCGCUAAAAUGGAAGAAGCUAAGGAAGGCUACGAAAAACAAAUUAAGGAUUUAAAAAAUACGUGUGAUCAGUUGAAGAAUAAGACUGGUUCCAACGUGGAAGUAGACCAACAGCAGCAACGAUUUUCCGCCGAUAGUCUCGACGUUGCACAGAUGCCAAGCUGUGCGUUUGAACAGGAGAUUAACGCACUUAAAAAAAUAAUUGAAGCUCGCGAUGAGACAGUUGCAAAUUAUAUUAAAAAGUUAGAUAAAUUUAGUGAGAUUAAUCAGAAACUGGUAGAAGAAAGUAAUAAGUUAAAAGCUGGUUUAGCAAGUGCUUAUGCCGAAUGUGCUGUUAUUGAAGAAAAAUUAGAUGAAACAUUAGGUUUUGGAGAAACAAAAUUAGGUGAUUCAACAAUGUUAAUAGACCAAACUGGAUCUCCGGACUCGUCUACUUUGAAUCUUGAAGAACUUUUGCAUAAGCAAACCAAUUACAACAAAGUGCUACAGAAACUAGAUUCAUGUCGGCAACAAUUUGAGAAUUAUGAAAAAGAGAGGAGUGAGUUACUACACGAGAUUGAAACAAAAACAAAUGACCAGAAGGAACUCUUACAAAAAGCACAACAAAAAGAAGAAGAUUAUCGUGAAGAAAUCAAGUUAUUAAAAAUGGAAGCUUCCACUGAAUCUCAAAGAUUUGAACAAUUACUUUUAAGUUUUGAGGAGAGAGAAAUUAGAUUGAAGCAGUCGAUAGCGGACAUGGAGAUAAAGCAUACUCAAGAGGUGGAAGAGUUGCGAAAGUACUUUGAACAAAAAUGUUUGCAUAUGGAGAAACAGUACUCUGAAGAGGUUUUCAGUUUGCAAUCAAGAAAGAUGUCGGAUAACGAUAGUGAAAUUGAAGAUUUGACGGAAGAUUUAUAUGUUGGAGGCAGCACUGUCAAUUGUUUAGGAGGUGGUGGCGAUGCCCUAGGUGUAUUAGAGAAGGAAAUGAAAGCUGAUCAUUUGUCAACAGUGCUUUCAACAGCCUUCAACAGUGAAGAACAGAAAAAUAGUUUCAACGAACGGAUUAUAAGCGAUUAUGAAGAAAAAUUGGAAAACCUUCGGAAACAAUUACAGGAGGUCAAGGAUAAACCCGGACGUACCAUUUUAGUAAAAGCUGUAAAUCAGUUUUGUCAAACCGAGCAAAGCUGUACAACUGGAGUGGAGAGUAACGAGUUGAAUGAAUUACGAGCGGAUUACAAUCGACAACUCAAAGAGCAAGUAGGACUUGCUCGUAUUGACAUCAUCAAUGCCCUUCAAGAACAGAUUGAGGCCUUAAUAACUGUUGAAUCUGAGUCCGAUGAAAAUUGGCCGACAGAAUUACUUGAGCUACGAAACAAAUUCACAAGUAACGCGGAAAGAAAAUUUCAAACUUUGAAAGAACGGCACGGGCAGGAAAUUAAACGUUUGAAAGAAGGAAAUAAUAAAAUUAUUCAUGAUUUGCAAGAGGAAAUUAAGCGACUUAAAACAGAAACUCAUGAAUCUUUACAGAGUAAUUUAAUCCAGGAAAGGGAUAUAUUGCAGAAAACUUGCGUAACUCUGAAGGAUUUAGUUUCACAACUCAUUGCUUAUUUCAAUGAAUGCGAGGAGGAGCUAAACAGUACAUUGAUAAAUGAAGUUCUUAAAAAGCAAUUUAUAAUUCGCUCAGAUAGUAAUUUACCCUUUGAUGCGGAUCAAAUUUCAAAGUCUAAGAGAGUACAUUUUGCACCACAAUCUGACGAGAUUGCUUCGAUAAUUGGCAGCGACAAUAAUUUACAAAAUUUGGUUAAUAGGGAACAAGAUAUUAAAAAAUUAUUGCAGUCUGAUUUAGAUGCUUGCUUACAGCGGCUUAAAACUGAUAGUGCCAAGAUUUUAAAUGUGUCAUAUUCUGAUUCUGAGUCUUGGUCGACUGGACCUAGUGAUAAUCCAGUCGACAAAUUGAUGGAGGUUGAGAAGUUACUUGCCAACUUCCAGGAAGAGAACGAACAUCUAAAAGUAAAGAUAAUCGAUUUACAACAACGUUUACUACUUGCUGAAAGUAAAAAAGAAGUGAUAUCAGAAGGAUAUGGCGUGCAAGAUGAGACGGGAUGUAAGGAAUUGCAAGAGGACUUUUCUGAGCUUCAAGACCGUGCCAAAUAUGUCGUGUCGAAUGGUAGCAACGAUACGGGCUAUCUCAUUCAGUUAAUCGAGGAACUAUACAAACAUGCCGAUAAGAUUUCAGAAGAUAUGAAAAGGGAGAAAGAAGACUUGCAGCAUCAAAUCUCAUUAGUUCCUACUCCUCCCCAAAAUAUUCACAGGGUUCGCUGUAUAAAGAUCGAGGCUGCGGAUAAGCAGUUGCGCUCGACCCGGAAGUUCCAGGAGGAGCAGGCGGUCGAACGCGAGGCGGAACGCGACGAAGCGACAAAACAGAUUCAGCAGCUCCAAGAGAGGCUGAGAGAACGAGAACGUGAGAAGGAUCGCGAUUAUCGCAUUACCUCCGCCGAGUCUUCGCUAUCGCCUGCCUCAUCCUCCACAGGCAACUCCACGCUUCGACAGAUCGAUGAAUCAGAGAUCGAUGUAUCAGUGGAAGGUUUAACGUCACAACUGCGAGAAAUGGAAAUGAAGAAGAUAGAGUCGGAAAACGAAUUAAAAACUGCCGUUACCAAAAUCUGGGAGUUGCGUGAGAUUAUAUGCGAUCUUGAUCAGCAAGUACAGUUGAGAUCCGAAAAAGAAGAUAUUCUAAACAAUCAGAUCGAGCAUCUAAAAGAAAUCAUUAUUUCACAAACAAGGAAUCAGGAGAAACUUGUGCAGGAACUUGAAGUUGUCAAAUCUGGCAAUGAAAGCAAUCAGCUUAGUAAUCAUAUCGGACACUUACAGGAGGAACUUCGGAAGCACCAACUCAGCUCCGAGCAGCUGACAGCCAAUUCCUCGGCUUUAAAACAGCUUCGGCUUGAAAUUCGCGACAUGCAAGCGCAAGUCGAUCGGAAAACCCGAGAAUUGGAGUCACUGCAUGUAUGUGGCUCGAGUCUGAGUUUGAGCCAACCGAGUGAAGAUGUGUCUAUUAGGGAACAGAUCGAGGCAACUCGUUGUCCUACUCCCGAUGAUCCUUCAUUACCGCUCGUUUUGCCGCUCGAUCACUUGCUCAAGUUGAAGGAAACACUCUUGAAACAUUUCAGAGCUGAAGAUGUGGCAUUGAAAAGAUUAAAGGACUUAGAUAUUCAGUAUUCUAGUCUUCAGAAGCAAAAUGAGGAGCUAUUAGCCGAGCAGGAAAUACUUCAACAAACAACGUCUGAACAGCUUUUCCAAAUUGAAACAUUGCGUGCUAGACUUGAACAGCAGAAGCAGAAUGCUCCAUUUGCACAACGGCAGGCGACUUCGAGACUAGAGUCGCAGUUAUAUGAAAUGAAUGACAAACUGGAGAGUACCGAACGUGCCCUUGUAGAAAAGGAUAUGGAGUUAGCUGAAACAAAGGAUCAACUUGAACAUAUGAGCCGCAUACUUGCAGAAAAAGAGGUUGAGAUUGCAAAUGUUGUUCAAUCGGAAAAUGACAUUAUACAAAAGUUAAAAGAUAAAUUAGAAGUUGUUGAAGAAGAAAAACGAAUAAUGAAGGCCAAAUUAAAUAUACAAGAAAAAAAUCAGAGUAACUUGCCACAAUUAAUCGACACGAUGCUUGCUGAAAAGAAUGAAGAAAUUGAACAUUUAAAACAACAAGUUAUUCAGCGUGAAAAACAACUUGAUAUUUAUCUAUCACUUGAUGAAAUACAACUUAGAGAACUACUGCAUCAAAAUGAGCAGAAAAAUAGUGCUCGUACUUUGAGUGAUAUCCUUUCAAUAAAAUCUGACUGUGAGAUAUCCGAAGCAAUAAGAGAAGCUCCAAAUUUCAGCAAGUUACAGAAUACAUCAAAUUUAAAGAUGCCAAAUACGAUAGCACAUUCAGUAGUUUCGCAGUCAAAGAAAGACGUCGUAGACUUCUCGCAAGAAAUCGUCGAAACUCCUAAGGUGCCAAGAUUAAAUUUGGAAUCGAUUAGUUAUAGUUCAGAUGGAGUCAGUUCAAAUAUAGUAGAAAUUUCAAAAGAGAUUGAGUCUCUUCAAAUGUACGUUCGGGAAAAAAUAUCACUAGCUCCGGUAUCCCCAUCCGCUGAAACUGAUACUGAUAUUCAUGAAGAAAUUUCAGAGGAUCCCAAUAACUUUGUCUGCCCUCGUCAUGAUAAAGUCAAUAAAAAUAACAAUGAAAUAGUAGAACAGGAGUUAACGACUGUUAAACGUCUAAAAGAUCUUGAAAUGUUUCUUAGUGAAAUCAAGUCUGAGCUAGAAAAUAAGAGUAUAAUUUUGAAACAAAGGGAUGCAGAAUUAUUGGAAAUACAAAAUAAUCUUCAGCAACUACAAGAAAACAUUGAAUCUCUUAAUCAGGAUAGAUUAUAUUACAAGGCUGAAUAUGAAAUGGCUAAGAUGAAUGAGACUAAAAUACAAAAGGAUCUAGAAGAAGUUGAAAAUAUUUUAAAGAAGAAGACCGAAGAACUAGAGGAAUUUAAAGGAAAAAUUCAGAUGAACGAGCAGAUUUUAUACAAGGAAACAAAACGCUCUAAGGUCAGUGAAUCUACUUUGCAAGAAAAUUAUAAAGAAAUUGGAAACCUUAGAGAAAUUCUUGCUCAGAAAGAUAUUUCAAUUGAAAAUCUCCAGAUCCGUAAUGCACAGAUCGAGAAAGAAAUAAAAGAUUUAUAUGAUUACCGACGGAAAUUUGAUACCUAUGAACAGGAGAUUCUCGAAUACCAGAAUGAAAUACAACGUCUGAGUGAUACUUUAAAUAGUCGUGAUCAAAUGAUUCGUAGAUUAGAAGAAAUUACAAGAAGAAAUAGCUUAUCGGGUGGAUCAUCCCCUAGUGAAAAAGAUCAAGAAAUUUAUCAUUUACAAGAGUAUCUCAAGGAAAAGGAUAAAGUCAUACGUCAAAUGAGCGAUGAUAGCAAAAGCUUGCACUGUGCUCUAGAAACCAUUCAGAGCAAAAUGAAAGAAUCUGGCAAUAUUGUAGAAUUACGCAAAACGGAACAAAUAGCUAAACUAAAAACUGAAGUGGAGAUGCUAAGUAGUUCUAGGCGAGCCGAAGAAGACAAUGAUAUUGCAGAAAUGGUGCAAAGAGAAUUAAAUCUUUCAGCACGAUUAGACCAACAAUUACUUAAUGUAAUUGAUGGUGAGCCAGAAAAUAUGCUUCAAAAGUGCGAAGACUUGAAGCAAGCAAAGAAGGAAAUCGAUGAGCUUAAUAGAUUUAAGGAUGACUUAGAAAUUGAGAGAGAGAUGCUAAAAUCACAGAUUUGUGAAUAUGAAAAUCGAAUAAUGCAACUAAAAUCUGAUGCAGAAGAAGAAGCGAUAAAAAUUGUAAGAUUAGAAGAAGACUUAUCUAAGGAAAGGCACUUGGUGAGGUCUCUACAAAUGCAGUUGCAAAGGGAGAAAAAUAUUGUAGAAGAAGAUAAGCUUAAAGAUACAGAAUUGAUUAGUCAAUUAAGAAUUAAAUUAGAUGAGGCCUUGGAAGUGAAGGAUAGAUUAGUAAUGGAACAGAAAAAUAUUGAACUGAUGCAUGCAAUGAAAGAUUUGGAUAAAGAUAGCUCGACAGAUUUACAAGAUCAAUUGAAAAAAGAACUUCUGAUUCUCACAGAAAAGUUAGAAAUUGAACAACGCAAGUGUGAAGAAUUGCGAGAUAACUUACAGAAAUUAAGUAAUGAGAAGGAACAUGGACAAAAACAAUACGAAACAGUGGAGGCUGAGAUUAAGAAGCUUACAAGCACUAUAGAAUUUACCGAUUCACUUAAAGACCAAUUGAAGUCGGAUUUGAAGAGAGCUAAAGAGGAACUUAAGGCCAAAAAUGAAGAAUGUAAUUGGCAGAAGUCAUUACUUAAAACGAUGAAUGAUGCUGAUAAUAAAAGAAAUCAACGUAGAACUAACGAACAUUCCGAGUUGAAAAGUCUUAGGAGAGAAUUGAAAAAUGCGCAGGAAGUUAUGCUUGAUUUUCAAAUCGACAUGAAGACACUGAAUAAACAGUUAUCCGAGUCCGGUGAACGAGAAUCUCAAUUAUCACGUCGUGUUGAGUCAUUAAUGGAUAAAGAAACGGAACUUACCGAACAACUAAAUGCCAUUAAGAAAGAAAAUAAAAAAUUGAAGAGUAUAAUUGUAGAUCAAAAGAAUGAAAUAAAAAUGUAUUUAAGAAGAGAGAUCGACCUUACCGAAGAGUUGAAGAAAGAAAGAUCGUUCCCUGAUAAGUUCAGUUCUCCAAGUAAAAUUUUCCAGAAUGCAAAAGAUCUUACCGCAAGUAUUGAGAAAUUGUCUCACGAUAAAAUGUGUUUAAAAGAAGAAAAGGAUAGGCAAUUGGAUCAAAUACGAGUUUUAGAGGCUCAAUUAUCACAAAUGCAUCGUAAUAACCAAUGCAGCAGCAAAAGUGACGUACAAGAAAGAAUGCAAUACUUCUACGGCAAGUAUUUGAGGUUCGAAAGUCGUAUCAAAUCAUUAAUUUAUCAAAAGAAAUAUCUACUUUGUAUACUCGUGAGUUUCGAACGCAUUGAAGAGAAUUCCUUAGCUACAUUAGCCCAAUUAACGGAUAAACAGCGUGAAAUUAGUCGUGGAGGAACACACCAUCGAUACAAUCCUCGAAUUAGAUUUCGUACUGUAGUUUUGUUUCUCGUAGCUAUUCAGAGAAUGAAAUGGCUAGUUUUGCGUUGGAGGACAGGUUUGAGGGUUGGAGCAAACGUAGUCCUUAAUAUAGAAUCACAAUUAAUUUCGCAACCGAGAUAUAGGAAUGUAGGAACGACUGAGCGCUCACCACCCAUAAGGGAUAGACACUAUGAUGGACUUAGCGGUUUUUCUCAUGAUCCCUAUCUUCGUCGAUUUAAUAGCAUUCAACAGAAUCUGCAUCUAACUGUACCUGAACAAAGCAACAAUAAUUUUAAAUCAAGUUGAAACUGUUAUUGGAAUAAAUUUGAAUUCACUAAAUUAUUAUUGACUAAUUGUGUAAAUAAAUGUAUAAUAAUUGAGACACAUCAAUAACUUGUAUCUACGACUGAUUAUUGUGGAAUUUGACAGUAAGUGAAUGUCAGCGAAAAGGCAAAUACAAACAUCGCUCUACUAAAUUAUGGAACCAAAGUCUAAUUUUAACGUAAUGUAAGAAAACUCUUUGAAUAUCUCAUCAAUAAGAGUCAUCCUUUGUUACCAGAAUAAGUAAAGUAACUAGUGCCUUUCUAAAACUUGUGAAUUUAUAUUGUUACGAAUGAUGAAUUUUU